UUAUGUAUUUGUAAAUAAACAAAAAAAAUUGAAAAAUUUCACUAACGUCCGUUUGUGCAUUUCAACUUAACUGACCUCUCGUUUCCAUUAGACGAGUGUAUUUCUUACUUUAUGUGGUUCGAAGGUUUGAGCAGUUUUAUCACUCUGUGAAAUCUAAUCUCUGUUUCUUUACUUGUGCAACUUCAAAUUAUGCAACCUUCUCAGAUGACAGGUAUUCACAAUGUCUGUGUGUAAUACUCAUGAUUCUCCUAAAAGAUAAAGUUCCUUUAUCAUGGCAAACACAGCAUUUGACUCAAAUUUGCAACUGCUAGGCAAUAACAUUGCUAAGUGUCAUCAACUUAUUGACGAGGCCCUGAAAGUCAGCGCCCGAGAGCCCAACGAAAAUUCAUGUCAACACCGAGUUCGAAGAUUAUGCACUUCCCAGCCAGAGAACAAAAGAGGGCGAAGUGUGCCCAACAGCACUGCAGUUCCUAAAAGUAUUCCAAGCAAGACGUGCACCAGUGUCGGGCACAAAUCAACUACCGAUAUCCGGACAAGGUAUGACAAGGGAGGGAGAACAUCUGUAACAAGUGACAGGAGACCAUCAAAUCAAGCAUCUCUAAAUUCUGGAACAUCAAAAAAUUUGGAAAAUUACAAAAUAUUUGCAGGUACAAGAGUAGUUUCUGGCAAUAAAAAUAAUCCACCACGACUGCCGAAAGCACGAUGCCCUCCUGCAGGAUCAGUGAGGUCCAAAUCGGUAAAAACUCGAGUUCCUGAAAAACCGAAACCAUGGUCCAACAUUUUACGGGAACAGAACAGAGGGAGGAAAAACUCAGAAUCCGAUACAGACCUGAAUCAAUGCAUGCUGUGUGAUAAACCGGAACGAGACACUGGUCCCACUUUUUCUGAGCUCUCUGGAAAAAUCAAGACUCUUGCAGAAUCUAUGCAGGUGAUGAACCAAGACCGGUUUCGAGCACAGAGUGGUGAGAAGGGUGGCAGCACAUUUUCUAUAUUUAACCCAGUCCGCACUUUACAUUUUCUUUUGGAAGAAUUGGAGGGGAAAAUUUACAUGCUUUCGGACAAUGAUGUCAAACGGAUUUUGGUUGAAAUGGAAGAAACCCUCCAACGAAUUCCGACUAAUUUGAAAAAUUUCUCCAUGUCAGCUACUGACAAUGUUCAUAGUGUGCCCUGUGAGGUAGAGCCCCCUCAAAAACUCUCCAAAUUCACCUCAGCGGUUGAGGAAACGCAAAAGCGGUUGAGCGAAUGUGGAGAAAGACCCUCCAACGAAAACUUGCAGUUGAAACUGGAACUUAGCUGCUCUAAAUUGGAAAAAGCGUGUCAAGAGAUGGAGAAAGCUUGCAGUGAGUUAAAGAAAGAAAGAGACUAUUUUAAAACUGAGUUACAAAUAAAGAAGAAAGCUUAUGAAGAAUUACUGAAAAAAGAAUCAGGAUACAUUGCAACCAUCAAUGACCUCAAGCAGAAUCUUGUAAAUAUGACUGCAAAAGCUGAUGAGCACACAAGAUCGAUAGAAAAUCUGAACGUUGUUUUAAAUCAGCUCCAAGAAGAAAAUAAAGUCGUAUCUGCACUAAAAGACCUGCACAAGAAACUCAACACAAGAGUUCGCGAGACAAAUCAAGAAAACGAACAGAUAAAAUCAGAGCUUCAAAUCAGCAACUUGGAACGUGAGAAACUGGCCCUCCUUCUGGCAAGCAGAGACGAAGAGCUGAAAAAACUCAAACGAGAUUUUGGGGAAGUUCAGGAAUUUGUGGCAGAUCAGUUAGUGAACACCAGCAUGAAAAAAGAUGCAGUUCCGUCUAAUGUCAACUUAUCUGUGAUCUCAGUAGAAAGCGUUCAGCAGAAACCUCCAAACCCUACCCCGGAAUCAAACAACCUAACUUCAAAAUCCUCAACUUGCUACCGAAACUCUGUGCCUUCCGGCUGGCAUGUCAUGAACAGUGAUUUGAUCAACUCAACGGCUCUAAAGAGUGGUAACCGAACUUCCAGCACGGACCAGAAAAAGAAUCUGACUGCUAAUAAUCUAAUCGAUAGUAUCCGAAUGCUCAUCACAGAGAUGAAACAAGACCCAGUCACUGAAAUAAAACAGAGCGAGCAAAAUUUUGACGUAAUCGAGAAAUAUUCUGUUCCACAUUUGUCGGAUGUAUCAAUGGCAAGUCAACAUUCCGAGCAUGAUAUCUCUCAAAUCAGUAGUUUGUCAGGCUUAACGCUCUAGUGCACUGUUGGUUUUAGAAUUUUUAUUUUUAUGAUUGUCUGUUUUUUUGUAUAUUGUUUGGUUCCCUCUCUGAUUGAGCAGCAUGAACAAAAUAAGAUAAUUAAUCUUGUAAUUCAUAAUAUGUAUACUGUGCCUUCAGAUUCGAAGUGAGAGUCCACGCCAAAUAAGUUUACACACUUUUAGACUGUGACAGAAGAUUGCGUGACGCCAUUUUAGCAUGGAAAAUAAUUGCAAGAAUCAUGAUAAUGGAUCUUCUGUUGCAGUCUGAAAGCGCGUAAAUUUAUAUUCCAAUCAAUCAUAAAGGGUCAGGUGUGUGAGCAAGUCUAUUUAUUUAUUUUUGGAAGUACUGGAAUUGACGAAUUUCUAUUCAUUCAAUCCUGACAAUUUUAAAUUAUCAUAUCCAGAAUGCAUCAUGCAGUAUCAAUUUUUCUCCCGUUGUUAAUCAACUUUUUAAGCAGUUGACCCUCCAUUUUUCUGUGUGGUGUGCCUUCAUUAUUUUAUCACAGUUUUUGUAAUUUUGUGAUUAAAAAUAUAAAUACAAUUUUAUUGAACUAUUCUCCUCUGA